ACGAAUAUAAGCCACACUUCGGUGCGACCAGUAGCCCUAUUAUGCCGACAUCAUCCUCGGCUAAAGCAUCUGCUCCAUGACAGCUUUCCGCUUGCGACCACCUGAUAGUUCUAUCGAGCUGCUCCUUUGGAGAGCCAGCGCGCCCCGAUGGCUUCCGCGCCGACAUUCAGGGAGCUUGCGAAAGUCGUCGACAGCUUCGUACCGAAAGCCAGCGUCCCACUGCCUGAGGACCUCGUCGAGGUCAUCGAUGCCUACCUCUACCGCCACGAGAAAUUCGACGAAGCUGUAGCCGACAAAGUUCAUGAGAUGUUGCUCGCGGUAUUCCACCGAGAUGUCGCCCAAGUGCCUUCUCGAUACACCGCCUUCGUCGCCAUCCUCCGUCGCUUGCGCCCCUUGAUAGGUCAGCCUGCGAAAAUAUUUCAAUGGUUCGAGCUGUUGCUACCUGCGCUUGACUACCUCAACCAGGAGAAAGACCUGGCGGUCGAAAUGGAAGGUGUGCUUUUGGACGUACUAACGGCCGACGACGGCAACGACCCAAGCACACCAACCGGAGGCGCUGCCCCUCAAGUCGCGGAACGGACACUUUUGCUAUGGUUCGACGAGUACGAGGCCAUCGGGAAGACUAUCGAGACCAUCUCAGACUUCAGAGAAAAACAGUUGCGGAAGACGAUACUACAGUACGGCAAGAAAUGCCCAAAAGAUCUCCUGACCGUCAUCAACCUAUAUGUGGAAAAGAAGGGUUAUCGCGCUCGUGCCUUAUCGUUUCUGGCCUUCUUCGUCCAAAGCCAGCCACCACAUCUACAUUUGAUUCUUCAAACUCCCCUGUUUGGUAACUUGAUUAACUGCCUCCAACUCGACACAUCCACAACUGUCGUAUCUCUAGCCUUGUCUGCCUUGACGAUGAUUCUACCCCAUAUGCCGAGCUCCAUCGUUCCUCAUUUGCCCGCGCUAUUUAACAUAUAUGCGCGGUUGCUCUUUUGGGAACGGGUGUUAUCGUCCCAAGCCACGGCUGGAGAACGCAGAUUGUCCCCGAACGCGCUUGUGUGGGAGAAGCUAGCCUACUCUCCUGUCUCUGACGAAAAUACGAUUCCACCUCUUGUCCAUUACUUCACGAUCCUAUACGGCCUUUAUCCCAUCAACUUCAUGGAUUACAUCCGGAAACCCCAGAGAUAUUUGCGGCACGCCGAGGUGCCCGAUGCCGACGACAUUGAGGUGCAGCCUACUGAGAUACGCCACGCGUCCGAGCGCUUCCGACAAUGCCACCUUAUCCACGAGAACUUCUACACCCUUACCAUCGAUUCUGAGAAGACAGAUUUCGGAAGGUGGAUAAAAAGCGAGCCGGCUGAAGUGGUAGCUGGCUGCGUGGCUCUGUGUCUAUCGAGCGAGGCAUUGGUUAACCAGAGCCCACCGGACGUUAUUCACGUGAGAGCUCUCGAUAAUGACGAAUCCGACAAGGAAGGCCGCGAGUCCGCUCUCCUUUCUAGCUCCUUUCCCGUCGGCACGCAGGGUCUCGGAGCGUUUCAAAGGGAUAACCGGUGGAACACAGCCUCUACGCAAGCCGAAUCUGCCUCGAGUAGCCGGAUUCAGUCGACUUUGAUGCGUAAAUCCUCGCAGAGUAGCCACUUGUCAAACAGGGAUUCCUCCAGCCCCAUGCCAUCUAGAAAUGGCCCCGAGAGCCCAACCCUAUCUCGUCAAAUUGUACAAUCCGGGUCGCAGACGCAGCUCCAAGAUCUGAUUAAUUCUAACAAGGCCAUCAAGUCUGGACUGCACCAAUCCUUGGCUAACGACAGCGUCCCGUCCCUUACGUUAAGCCAUCGGGAAUCGAUUUCGGACCGUCCCGUGUCGCAGCUCCAGCCGAACCUACCGGUGCCUCCCGCUUCCUCAUCCCCAGCCAGCAGUGCCGAUGCUCAGUUAGCAAAUCUGAAGCGCCAGAUAAUAUUAUUACACAAUGACCUUACAUUUGAACGGUUCAUGAAGCAGCAGCACCUCACACAUAUGGGCGAGCUACGGAGGCGACACGUGCGAGAGGCAGCGAGCGAGGCGGAGACUCAGAACUUAAUCAUUCAACACCGCCACCUAAAGCAACGGCUAGAUGAUGCGAAGAAAUCCGAAAUACAGGCAAAGACGGAAUCAGAUAAGAGGAGUAUGCUUGCUAAGAAGUGGGAGGCCGAACUCACCGCCAAGUUAAGAGUACUUCGCGAGGAGCAGAGGAAAUGGAACGCAGAACGGAAAUCAUUACGAGAAGAGCUCAACGCAGCGAGAGACGAGGCGGAAAAUUUGCGCCUGCUGGUCUGCGAGGCUGAAGUAAGGGAAUUAGGGUUGAAGCAAAAUAUGCAGUCAGUCGAGAUAAACGUCAGCGAGCUGGAGAGGCUAAGGCGGGAAGUGGAGCGGCUGGCCGAGUCCGAACGAAAUUACCAGGCGAAGGAUUCGGAACGUCAAGCUGCGGCGGCGAGAGAGGCCGAAGUAGAAACCCGCGUGGAGAUGCUGGAGAUGAAGCUGAAAUCUAGCGACUACGACCUCGAGCAAAUGCGCCGUUCGUAUCAAUCGCAGAUUACCGCGCUCAAUAUCAAGCUACAGGAUGCACUAAAAGGCUGCACAGAACGCAACGCCGAGAGUAUUAAGUUACAGAUGGAGGGUGCGCUUGAGGCGAGCCGAGAACAGCAAGUGGUGCUGAAGCACCGCAUCGCAGAACUUACGAAAAAGAAUACAGCGUUGCAAACAACCGUGCUCGAGCUUCAAUCUACAGUAUUCAGUUCCUCGAAGCCGGAUCCGCAUCCUCCCAUCGAUCCUGACGCCGAUUUAUCCUCCGAAUCGGGUACUUCUCUCACGUACAGAAGUCGUCGGCGCCAUGGGUUUUCGGCGGCAGAUAUGUUCGAGGGAACUUCGUAUAAUCCUACGCCGCCGCUCGAACCAUACAACCUGAGCGGAUCCGCGGGCAGCCAAGAGCAGGGUCAGGGUCAACGGUCACCUACGCCGGUAGGAGCCGAUACACUUUCGUCAGGCAAAGGUAGCCCCACGGUAGAGCGGUAUCUCGGGCGAGGUGAGCUGUUCGGAUUCGCUUCGACGUCAACAUACGCCAAUGCUAACCUUGCUAGGAGGCGUACAAAAUCUACGUAAGGAUAAGAAGGAUAAGAAAGAGGAGAAGGAAAAGAAAAAGUCUACAGGUCUGCGGAGUAUCAGAGGAUUCGUCUAGUUGUAUCGAAAAAGACCCUGGGCAACUCCACGGCCAUGCGAGAAACCACAGGCAUCGCCAAGUUGCAAUGCACAAUCCCAGGGAUGUAGACAAUAGCUCUAAGCAGCCGCAUGGCUUGCGCGGCAGGGCCGUCAUUUUAGGUAUCACGGAGCUGUAAACAGCACGGUGGACCA